GCCACGGGUGGCCGCUAUUAGCUUAGCUUAGCGUAGCUGUUGCCCAUUGUUCCGGGAGCUCCAAUUAAUUCCCUCCCGAGGACCAGUCCGCGUCCCCCCGACGCCAAAACCCUCGCUCAUAAUAAUACAUACACAAUCUCUCGGCUCCCAAAUUAAACCCUGGGCCCUGGGAUUAAUCAAACACUAAACCGAACCACAGGGGAACAUUGGAAUUCUUGAUUGACUUUUCCCUUCCUCGACACAGACCUCGCUUUGCUUUGGAUAGCUUUGAACCCUAUCCACGACGUCAAAUCACCAGACAUCGUCAACAUGUCGGGAAAUACCAUGCGAGGUACCCCCAGCCGUCAGGGCCGCGGGGCCAUCCCUUUCGCCAGCAGCCCGGCGUCGAACAUUCCUCGCCCGGCGACAACAGAGAGCAGCGAUGUCGGUUCAUCGUCAGUCAGCGCCAGCAGACAAAAGCAGUCCAAGCGUGACGAGGCUAUCCGUCGAAAGCUCGAAAAUGACCUCUCCAAGAAGAAGCACCUUACCAACAAGACCCGACUCACCCGCCGAGCACCUCCUGGCACCGUUCUUGCCUUGAAGCCCAGCCCUGCCCUCCAGGUUAAGCCUGGUAUGACGGUGUCCGAAGCCGCCCAGCUUAUGGCUGCUAAGCGUGAGGACUGUGUUCUUGUUACCGAUGAUGACGACCGUAUUGCUGGUAUCUUCACCGCCAAGGAUCUCGCCUUUCGCGUUGUGGGCGCCGGCAACAAGGCCAGCAACGUUACUAUUGCCGAAAUUAUGACCAAGAACCCUCUCUGCGCACGAACCGACACUAGCGCCACAGAUGCCCUCGAUCUCAUGGUCCGCAAGGGCUUUCGUCAUUUGCCCGUCAUGGACGAGAACCAGGAUAUCUCUGGUGUGCUUGAUAUCACAAAGUGCUUCUACGACGCCAUGGAGAAGCUUGAGAGAGCCUACUCCUCAUCACGAAAGCUCUAUGACGCUUUGGAAGGUGUCCAAUCCGAGCUUGGUGCCAGUCAGCCCCAGCAGAUUAUUCAGUAUGUCGAGGCUCUUCGCAGCAAGAUGUCUGGCCCCACGCUUGAGACCGUUCUGAACGGCAUUCCUCCCACAACAGUCAGCGUUCGAACAUCUGUCAAGGAGGCUGCUGCCCUGAUGAAGGAGAACCACACGACUGCUGUCCUGGUGCAAGAUCAGGGUGCCAUCACUGGUAUCUUCACCAGCAAGGACGUUGUCCUGCGUGUUAUCGCUCCUGGCCUGGACCCCGCCAACUGCAGCGUUGUCAGAGUCAUGACUCCUCACCCUGACUUUGCGCCCAUGGAUAUGACUAUCCAGGCUGCCCUCCGCAAGAUGCACGAUGGCCACUACCUUAACUUGCCCGUCAUGAACGACGGUGGCGAGAUUGUGGGCAUGGUGGACGUGCUCAAGCUGACCUACGCCACCCUUGAACAGAUUAACACUAUGUCCAGCGGCGACGGAGAAGGACCCGCUUGGAACAAGUUCUGGCUUUCCAUUGACCACGAGACCGAGUCUAUGGUUUCUGGCGACGGCAGCCACCACCACACAAACCGCAUCCACUCCCCGGAGAUCCCUCGCGAACGCAUUGGCGAUAGUGUUGCGCCCGGCGACUCUGCCUCGCAUGUUGGUGAGCAUGAGCACGACUUGAUUGAGCAAGCUCCCGCCGAUGUUCCUUAUGCUUUCAAGUUCAAGGCCCCAUCUGGCCGUGUUCAUCGCCUCCAGGUCAUCGCUUCACAAGGUAUUGACGCCUUCGUGGCUGCUGUUGGCAGCAAGCUCAGCAGCGAAGAGGCCGACUCUAUUGGUGGUCUGCCUGUUGUUGAAGACGGCAAGCUUGGCAUGACAGGUUUCGCUCUCAGCUAUAUGGAUGACGAGGGUGACUCUGUCUCGAUUACAACCGACAACGACUUGCUUGAGGCUAUCCUACUGGCCCGCCGCAGCGAUCGUGACAAGGUGGAGCUUUUCGUCCACGAUCCUGAGAAGCCUCCUGUUGUCGCCGCCCCUGCUGUUGAGACACCUGUUGUCCACACUCCUCCCUCUACAGCUGGUGGUCUCCGUGAGAGACGCAAGGCGUACGAUGAUGAGGAAGAAGACGAGGACGACUACGAUGAGGAUGAGCAUGUCACAGUUCGCCGUGGUGGUAGAAGACAACGACCGGCUCCUGCUCAGGAACAGGUAAUUGCCGGUGUUCCCAAUGAUCUUUUGCUGCCUGGUGCCAUUGUUACCUUGGCCGUCGUCAUUGUCGGUGUUUUCACAAUCACCCGAGCCACCAGCCGUAAUUAAGAGGAGGGUCAAAGGAGAGUCUAUAAGAGCGAUGUGUAUUUUAUCGUGAUUUUUAUAGUUGCGCGCGUUUAUUAUGUUAUUAUCAUUUAUGAGCAUGUCCAAAAAUUAAUAUUAAGAUUAUAUUCAAUUUUCUUUGUCACG